UCUGUGCUCUCAAAUGUCCUUCAUGCCAGGUUGUACUGUACGCGGCAUAUGUGCCAACAAUACACAGUUAGCAUCCAACUCCUGGUGCAAUGAGUUCUCCAUUUUGGCUGAUGUUUGUCAAGUCGACAUGCCGGUAGAAAAUGUCUGGCUGUGCCGAUUACACUCAAAUGUGUAGCAAUGUCUCGGUUGUUUCAGAAUGUAAGACUAAUACCAUGCUCCCUGGAUUGCCAACCACCCAGGAUGCUGCACAAUAUGUUCAAAGCAUCUGCUCGUCCAUGGCCAUGGAUGGUUGCGAUGCUUGUGUCUUUCCCGCCGGCGGAGGUUAUCCUCAAUGUGACAUCCUCUCUACCUAUGCUCAUCUCUGUACAAGCAUGCCGGACAUGGAUCAAUGUGCAUCGUUCAAAUCCAUCUGUCAAGCAACACCAAGUUUCUCUCUUUGCUCCUCCAGUGGGUCCACCGAUGCUCCACCCAGUAUGAUCAUGUACUUCCACCAGGGUAUUCAUGAAUACGUUCUGUUCAAGUCCUGGGUCCCUAACAAUAAUGGCCAGUAUGUUGGAGCCUGGUUCGCCAUUUUCUUCAUCGCCGUCUUCUACCAAGGUCUCAAUGUCCUUCGAAGCAAUUGUGAGGCAUACUGGCUAUUGAGCGCCGAAAAGGGGGAUAAGAAGUGGAGAUUACUUGGAAAAAAUGGGUUCUUUGUAGGCUACUUUGCUUGGAAGCACACCAAGAUCGAUCUCAUGAGACUUGUUUUCACAUUUAUCGAGUCCACUAUCUCCUAUGCUCUGAUGUUGAUCACCAUGACAUUCAAUGUUGGUCUCUUUUUUGCCGUUGUCACCGGUUUGGCCGUGGGCAUCUUUUUCUUUGGUCGACAUCGAAGUCUGGCCGGUUUAGCUGAGGCUGGCAAGCUAGAUGGCUGUGCUUCGUGCCAAUAAUAUCCAACAAGCCUCAAUCAUGAAACCUUUGGUCAUCUUUGAUUGUUCCUAUGUCAUUUAUACUAUCAGACUAUUUCCCAUAUCUAUAGCCUUAUCUAUCCCUACUCUUCGCUUACUCAUUGUAUUGCGGAAGCCUAUCAAUAUAAGAAACACAACAUUUUUUCUUCAAAAACAGUCUAGUAUAUUGGCAGAAAAUCGACGUAUGCAUUUUUU